AUGGCUCCAAAUCUCAAGAUGGACGAGUUCUUGACGGCUUGGCACGACUAUGAUGCACGUUCUGCCUCGCUCAGUCGCGAAGCUCUGGUCGAAGUCGAAACCAAAACAAACGACUACCUCCCUCACGCUGCUCGCGCUACCGCUCUUCUCCGUCUCAGCUAUCAGCGGCAUCUGAUCAAUCACAAACAGGAUUGGCUCAGCAGUCCUCGUCGCCCUGGUCACGCACCCAAGCUACUCCCCUCUGACUACCUCGUCAAGCGCGCCAUCUCACCCUUGAACCUCAACUUCUCGAAUCGCAUUCAGGACUGGCUCAUCCCUGCCUUCUACAAUCCUGCUCCAUCUUCAAUCGACCCUCCCUCUUUGCGCAUCAACUCUCCCUUUCAUCUCAAGUCGAAACGCAUCAAAGCUUCGCACCUUCCUCGCCUGAUCGUUAGAAAGCUCGCCACUCCUACCACUCACAUCUCGCGCGCGACUUGCACCAUGGACCCCUUCGAAGUCCGUAUGCGCUUCAACAGCCAACUCCAACACCUCAAUGCCUCAGUCACCUCCGCCCAAAAGACCGCCGCCUACGCCCUAAAGUACCGCGAGUGGGACGAGGAUCUUCACUCGUGUAUCCUCGAGAACCUCGAGCGCAACUCUCUCAACAACCGUGCCAACAUCUUCUACUUCUUCGAGACCCUCUGCGAUGUCGCUGCUGCCGCCCAUCACAUCGAAUUCGUGCGCAUGAUGGAGAGAGACAUCCUCCGCAUCGUCGACCUCGUGGCCCCUGAAGACGGCAGCGGCGCAGCAAACGUCAAGGUCGUGCGCAAAGUCCUCCGCAACCUGGCAGGAAAGAAGUACCUGCAGCAGCAGACGGUGGAUGAGCUGGAAGACUGCAUCAAGGACCGCGACCAGAUCGGCGGUGUCGGUGGCGCUGCUUCACCUGAAGAAGCCAUGCGUUACAGCAAUGGCAACGUUCGCGUCGAGAAGAGACAGGUGGAGCAGCGCAUCGAGGAGGACCGCGAGAGACACAAGAGACUUCGUGAAAACAUCUGGGCCGUUAACCACGCCAGUGCCGAGGACGAGUUUGGAAAGUGGUGGGCAGAGACCCCUGAUGGCGACGAGGACGACUACCGCAUGGCUGGGGAGGAAGUGGCCGAAAACAAGCAGUAUGCCCGGCUCCACCGCUCGGAGCAACUGCGCGUGUAAGCUGCUUCCUCUGUAGCCUUGCGCGCACCCCCUUUACGUAGACAUGACGAGACACAGGAAAAGCUUUGUACAGAUAGAAUAGAUGGGAAGAGAGGAGAUGCAUUGUGUUUUUAAAGAUACCCCAAUACCAGUUUUUCGUUGUUCUCC